GAAUUCAAACUGCACUUUUGGAAAGAUAAGUUACCUACAUUCGUGCUCACCCUUCUUUGCUCAGUCCGCGUUACAAACCUCACUCCAUGUUCUUGGUUUACACUGAAAUGGUCCACCAUGGAAAGCGAUAAUCGACGUCCCAAGAACCUCGUUUCCUUCUCGGAGCGAGUUACCGCCUUUCUCACGAACAGGCACAGUUUGCAUUUCCCUUCACAAGAGGAGAUUACCACGGAUAAAAAUAUCAAUUCACCUCUGGGCUUUCAAAACGAAUUGCCUCUCGAGCAGAACGAGAUCAGACAAUCUUUCAUACGAUGGCAGUACGACACGCCCGAAGAAGAGUCGCGCUUGGAUCCAGAAUUCCUCCCAAAUGAAAACCUCGUCCAGACAAUCUUACUCCCAGCAGCAAUCAUUUGCAUACCUAUCGCUCUUCUGGCUGUUACUCUGCUUGCACUGGUGUAUAUAUACCGAGUCGAUCCUGUCCAGAAUCUGUUCACGCCGAUAGACGCAUCAGUACACGGGCCUGGAUUUGUUCUUGUCAACUUUUCUGCAACACGAUUGGUUUUCGUGGCCAGCUUUCUAUCUACACUGGCACCUCUGCUGGGUUCUUUUAUAUUGUCCAUCUUUACGCUUCCCGUCUCGCGGAGGCUGCGGGAUGCAUCUAGAGAAGCAAAAUAUCUCAACCUACCGACACCGUUUCAGAUGAGUUUGCUGAUUGGCAUUUUGGUCGCGUCUGCGCAGCAAUUGCGGUCGUAUCUUUGGUAUCUUGUCCGCCGGCGAAGACCCACGAUCCCACCGGUUCUGCAUUGUGCGGCUUCCAUCAUGCUCCUCAGUUUGGUGAUGGCUGCCGGAGUGUUCGUAGCGGAUACCGUCCUGCAUUACACGACGUCGACCCUUGAGUUUGAUCAGAUCUUGGUCCCGCCGCACCCCAACCAGGAAGUCGGACGUGGUCUCUCCGAAUUCUGCUUGACGUUUAACCGAACCUUUGUGGGACUGCCUUGUUCGCUCACGACCGACUCUGGUGUAGUCAACCCCAAUGCAAACUUCGACGCUACAGAAUCGAAUCGGCUCUUCCACAACAGUUCGCAACUUUCAGAGAUGCGAAUCACGACGACAGAUGACGUUCCAGGGGCUGAUCUAGCAUACCUCAUUCCGCAGCAACAGACGAUCGUACCCAACACUGAUUAUGAAGCAUCCACCAUCGGUAUAUCGACAACUUGUCGCUUUGUCAAUCCAGCUAGCUGUGGCAUGGUACUUUGGGAUAAUUACUAUACCAACUUCAGCUGCACCGAUAUGUUCCACGGCACCAUCGGGAUGCCGCCGAUCGUGAGCACGGACCUAAACCACCCCAAUUCACGUCCCCCAGAUCCAUAUCGCUCGUUCUUGAUGUAUAAAGGCGCUCCGAAUCUGAUGUAUUCCUUUUUCAACGAUUCAGGAAUGAGAAACAUUUACAAUACUGUUGGCUACAACGACUCGGGCGACUUUGAUCUGAGCAUCUUCCCUUAUCCCAACUCUGAAUUGGUGAAUCCGUUCUAUGUCGGCAUCGCGGCGCGAAUCUUAGCAACAACCACAGGUGGACAAUUUGUGUCUGGGAGUGAAAUGAUGAUGGCAAACAACACAGACGCCACUUUCGUCUCCGAUGGCGUCCUGGACUUCAUUCUUGAUUGUGCCGUGACCUCAUAUGAUAUCUCAUAUACCUGGGUCGACGGGGGCUUACAGAGUAUCAGCGCCGUGCCAACCGGCAAUGGCAGCAUCCUCGAGAUUUUUCACGGCUCUUUGCUGUACGCAACAAUCAGUGGCGGUGAUCCUGCUCUGCAGGAUUUCCUCACGCAGUCUGCACUAGCUGGAGAUACGACCGAGUCUUUUCUCCAGAAAUUCGGGAGUCUGUACUCUACCAAAGUCCUGGCGAGCAUUGGCGGUUACACUACGGGUCGUCUUGCCAUCGCUCAACAGCAGCGCGAACAUAUGCUCCUCUCCAAAGUGCCUAUUCCACCCCUGGCUAUACUGGCGGCAUUGAGUUUCUGCUAUCCCUUGCUUGGACUGAUACUUGCCUUUCAAGCGUACUGGGCAUCCCGCGGCAAUGUUCGCAAUAUCGCAGCGAAACUGAGUUUGCUGGGUCUCUCUCAGGCGGCCUUUGGAGACAAGCAAACGGGAACAUCAAGUGGCGAGACCACUUCGAGGGAGGACGUAAGCGAGGCUCUCAAGCAAGAGACGAGGCGCAUUCUUGUCGACGGUAGUGCCCAACAGGGCUUUGAAUUCGGGGUCAUGCUAUGAACCAAUCCGACCACAAGCCAGCAAUAGUCCAAAGGCACCGUCAAGCUGUGGAGGAAUCCAUGAAAAAAAGGCAACCGAUCCCAUAGUGCAAAUCGAUUUCCGCCAUCUCUUUGGUCACACCACGCAACCGAGCCGUCUCUAGAUAUGCAUGCUCCUGUCUCAAAAUUGACAAAGAUUCAAAACCUCUGGCAGAGCACAGAGGAUCCAGAGGUGGGCAACCUUGGGUACAACAACCUUGACUUUGGUGGAUUGCGACGCCCAAUGGGGUAUUCGCUUUUCU